UUGGUUUUCUCUUCAUUCAUAAAUUAUUUGUAAGUGACAUUUGAAAAACACUAAAGAAAUCACAAAGCUAACAUGCGGACGAUAAAAAAUUACUAAAAAAAAACACUGAUUAAUUGCAAGCAACGAGUGUAUAAAUGUAUUUAAAAUUUCGGUGGAAAGUCAUUAUUCCUUUGGCAGCAUUUUCUCUACUUGCCAUGGGUGUCGUUGGGUAUCUAAUUCACUUCGCAAUAGCGUUAGUUAUCGUGAAUAAGGAAAUAACCCCUACUCGCGGCAUGCUUUACCCAAGGGAGUCUGAAACUCGGGAGGUUCGAUUAUUGGAUGGACUCUGGAAUUUUGUCACAUCAGACGAAGCGAACCCAACGCAGGGAGUGAGAGAUAAAUGGUUCGGGGACGAUCUGAGUAAGGUAAAGGAAGUUAUCCCUAUGCCAGUGCCUGCGAGCUACAACGAUAUCACUACCGACAACACAAUUCGCGAUCACGUUGGCACAGUUUGGUAUGAUCGCAAAUUUUUCGUACCACGCUCCUGGGCGAAGGAUCAGCGAGUAUGGCUUCGCUUCGGAAGCGUACACUAUGAAGCCUUUGUGUGGAUUAAUGGAGAAAUGGUCGUUAAACAUGAAAUGGGUCAUCUACCUUUUGAGGCAGAAGUCACAAACUUUGUGAAGUAUGGCGAAGAGAAUCGUAUUACCGUGAUGUGCGACAAUGCCCUUAUUCAAACCACAGUGCCUCAGGGGAAAAUUAGCGAAGUAAAAAAGGACGGUGGAGUUGCAAUAGUUCAGACUUAUACAUUUGACUUCUUCAACUACGCAGGAAUACAUCGAUCCGUCCAUUUGUAUACCACUCCAAAAACAUUUAUCGAAGAGGUUGAAAUCACUUCCGAUUUGGCUGAUAAUUCAGUGGCAAAUGUAUUUUACAAAGUGAAAGUGAGCGGCACAGCCUCGAACGAAGCUGACAGUUCCCUACAAAUUCGAGUGCAACUGCGGAACAAGGAAGAUGUCGUUGUUGCCAACGGAACAUCCAAUGGGGAUUUGAAAGGUGUGCUAGAAGUGAAGAAAGCAAAUCCCUGGUGGCCAUAUUUAAUGCACCCAGAACCUGCCUACCUCUAUCAAAUGGAAUUAUUUUUACACACUGCCGAUAACACUUUACUGGAUGUUUACCGACUGAAAGUCGGCAUACGCACACUUACUUGGAAUAAUACCUCGUUCCUCAUCAAUGGACGACCAGUUUACUUCAGGGGUUUUGGAAAGCACGAAGAUUCUGAUAUACGUGGAAAAGGACUAGAUUUUGCGCUUCUAACGCGCGAUAUGAACUUAUUAAAAUGGAUUGGUGCAAAUGCUUAUCGAACGUCGCACUAUCCGUACUCUGAAGAGUCUAUGCAAUUUGCUGACGAAAAUGGCAUUAUGAUAAUCGACGAAUGUCCUAGUGUGGAUACCGACAACUAUAACCAGGCGUUAUUGGACAAGCAUAAGUCUGCCAUGGAGCAACUCAUACAUCGUGAUCGGAAUCAUCCAAGUGUGAUAAUGUGGUCCAUAGCCAAUGAACCUCGUACAAGUCCAUUCCAAGCGGAUUCCCACUUUCAGUUUGUGGCUAAUUUCACUCGGUCACUUGAUAGCACAAGGCCUGUAACAGCUGCCAUUGCAGUUCCCUCGGGCAGCGAUAGAGCUGCUAAGCAUUUAGAUGUAAUAUGUUUCAACCGCUAUAACGGAUGGUAUAGCAAUCCCGGAAAAUUGGACAUGAUCACCACAAACGUUGUUGAAGAAGCUAUUGCUUGGAACAAAAAACACAACAAGCCAGUCAUGAUUGGAGAAUAUGGUGCCGACACCAUCGAAGGAUUACAUUUGCUUCCUGCCUACAUUUGGUCAGAAGAAUACCAAAACGAGUUAUUCUCUAAACAUUUUAAAGCCUUUGACAUUCUUCGAAAAAAACAAUGGUUCAUUGGCGAAUUCGUUUGGAAUUUCGCGGACUUCAAGACAGCACAAUCAAUAACUCGCGUAGGCGGAAAUAAAAAAGGGGUUUUCACACGCAAUCGUCAGCCAAAGGCCACUGCACAUCUGCUCAGAAAACGGUAUUUUGCCCUUGGUCGUGAACUGGAUCGUUGCCAUAUUCCUGAGGAUCUAUUCCUUUACAUCACUGAUGCAACUUCAACCAUGUCUCGUGGUAAGCGGGAAGGUUCUGAUUUAUAGAACAUUUCUUAAAUGCCUGAGUAUAUGUAUUUAGAUCCUAAUUCAAGUUCAAUUAAGCAUUUUACUUUUUGUCUUUUGACUGGCUGAUUUUUGGUACGUUACAAUAGAUAGACGAAUUAUUUUGUAUUAAAAAUAUUUUUAUACACAGGUAUUAACCUCUAUACUUAAUAUUAGACUAUGAAUAAAAUAUUCAGCGUGUAUAUGACUUAUUGAUAUGCAUUGUUACGAGUAUUACAUAGUAUGGGCAUAUUUAUGUACAUACAUCCAAAAACGACCAGUUAAAAUAUUUCUAUUGGACUCAAGUUCUAAAUUUUAUACGUUAAAAAUGUAUGUAUAGUACAUACAUCUUAAAGCGCAAUAAGACUUAACUGAUAAUUGCAUAGUUCAUAUGCAUACAUACAAAAUAAUAAAUGGCCAACAGUAGAAAUAAAUAUUUAUAAAAUAAUUAAAUAUGUGUAUGUGUAUGUGUAUGUAAUUGUAAAUUAUUCACAAAUGCCUUGCCUUAUAAUGAAUCCAUUUAUUUAAGUAUUACUGUAUAAUUAUAUGAGAGUAAAGUUAUAAUGAAGUUGUAUAAAGUGAUGAAUAAAACCAAGUUAUUAUAGCAAUA